AUGAGACCAGUGAGUGGAUCUCUCUCGGGGAAGGUCGUCCUGCCCUGCUACUUCUCCACCAUCCCCACCUCCGUGCCCGCCAUCGGCGCCACCGCCAGCACCGACCACCUGCGCAUCAAAUGGACCAAGAUGGAAAACGAGGUGGAAUCCACAGUGCUAGUGGCCCAGAACGGCGUCAUCAAGAUCGGCUCCAGCUACAGGAGCCGCGUGUCGGUGCCCAGUCACCCGGACGAUGUCGGCGACGCCUCCCUGACCGUGGUCAAGCUCCGGGCCAGCGACGCGGGCACGUACCGCUGCGAGGUCAUGUACGGCAUCGAAGACACCCAGGACACGGUCAACCUCGACGUGAACGGUGUUGUGUUUCACUACCGGGCAAGCACCAGCAGGUACACCCUGGACUACCAGAGUGCUGUCCGGACCUGCCAGAGCAUUGGAGCCUCCAUCGCUACCCCAGACCAGCUGAAAUCGGCCUACGAAGACGGCUUUGACCACUGCGACGCGGGCUGGAUCUCUGAUCAAUCAGUCAGGUAUCCAAUCAAGAGGCCCAGACCUGGUUGCUUUGGUAACCUGCUUACCAAGCCUGGUGUGAGGACGUAUGGAACCAGGAAGGCCACAGAGAAAUAUGAUGUGUACUGCUAUGUGGAUAAGCUGGAUGGUGAGGUGUACUUCGCCCCUGUGACCCGUAAGAUGACGUUUGAGGAGGCGAGGGAGGAGUGCGAGAGGAGGGGCUCUGUCCUGGCGUCUCCGGGGCAACUCCACUCGGCCUGGCGUCAGGGUCUGGACAAGUGUGACUAUGGCUGGCUGUCCGAUGGCAGCGUGCGUCACCCCGUGGCGGUUCCCAAGAUGCAGUGCGGCGGAGGCCUGCUGGGAGUCAGGACCAUGUAUCGCUUCAGGAAUCAGACCGGCUUCCCGGAACCCUCCACCAAGCUGGGAGCGUACUGCUUCAAAGGUAUCCACACGUGCUCCGAGAACGUGUGUCUGAACGGAGGCUCUUGCCGUCGGAGUGGGAGUGUCUCCUCAUGCAGCUGUGCCCCUGGCUACAGCGGUGACCUGUGCGAAACAGACAUCGACGAGUGCCACUCGAACCCCUGUCGCAACGGAGGAACCUGCGUGGACGGCCUGAGUUUGUUCGCUUGUGUGUGUCUGCCAAGCUACUCUGGGCUGUACUGUGAAGAGGACACGGAUAUGUGUGACUAUGGCUGGCACAAGUUCCAGGGCCACUGCUACAAGUAUGUCCCUCAGAGGAGGAACUGGGACAUGGCCGAGAGAGAGUGUCGUCUGCAGGGGGCUCACCUCACCAGCAUCACCACCCACGAGGAGCAACAGUUUGUCAACCGUCUUGGACAGGACUACCAGUGGAUUGGCCUGAAUGACAAGAUGUACGAGAAUGACUUUCGCUGGACUGAUGGAAGCUCUAUGCAAUACGAGAACUGGAGACCCAACCAACCCGACAGUUUCUUCUCCUCGGGAGAGGACUGCGUGGUGAUGAUCUGGCACGAGGACGGCCAGUGGAACGACGUCCCCUGCAACUACCACCUCACCUUCACCUGCAAGAAAGGCACAGUGGCCUGCAGCCAGCCCCCCCUGGUGGAGAACGCCCGCACCUUCGGCAGGAAGCGAGAGCGCUACGAGAUCAACGCGCUGGUGAGGUACCAGUGUCGGCUCGGCUUCAUCCAGAGGCACGUGCCGACCAUUCGUUGCCGAGGAGACGGCCGAUGGGACGCCCCCAAGAUCGCCUGCAUUAGUCCCUCCAGCUACCAGAAGGUGUUCACCAAGAAGCAGCAGGUCAACACCCUGUACAGCAUCAACAAUCUGAUAAGGCGCUCCGAGGGAACAGCCCUCCAUCGCCAUCGCCACAGAGGACGGCGAGAGAGGACGGAGGAGAGGCGGAGGCAGUGAUCGAGAGAGAUCCCCUACGCCGUAGGGAAGCAAGACUGUCCCGUUGGGGGGGGGGGAAACCAGGAAGAAAAACAAAGACAUUUCAAAGGAUUUCGCUUUUUUUUUUUGGAGACACGGAAACAGGAAAAAACGUUUCAAGUGCCUUCUUGAAAAACAUGCUGUUUUUAAGAAUAUUCUUAUAAAGGGACACUGUUUUUAUACCAAUCUGGACACCUUCCGCCGGCUUCUGGACAAAAGGGAAGAACAAAUCUGCGUCUGCAGAAGUACUCGAACUUUGAAGCAAGUAGAGAACUCUUUAACCGUUGUACGUUUGCGCCUUUGUGCAGGACUGUGCAAUCAUUGAAGCGUAUUGAUGAUGUCAAGGGCGAGAAUGAAACAUGCAUUCACACGCUUCAGUGAAAUGAUAGCGCUUAAGGUCAAUCGGAAAAAAAUCUGUACGGCAGAACAUGUGCUCGCCAUGUCAAUCAAAUGCAUGUCCUGUUUAUAAUACAUAUUUCAGACGUUGUGCUUUCUUUCAGCACUUUAACAUAAGCAUAAUGGUUAAUAGGACAACUAUUAUACUGUAACCAUUGGUGGCCUUCCUACCGACAUUUUAUAUGAUUAGGACAAUAAUUGCCAAGUUCUCACUCCUUUUGUCCUUAUGGAACAUGGCCUUUUGACACAACUGCUUCAAACUAAAGUGUUGGCGUAGUGUUUGUAUCUGCUCCUCUCUCUUCGUGCCAUUACAUGUUCUGCUUAGAUCUAUAUUUUAUGGAGAGGAUGUUUCAUGUGACAAUAAUGUGUUGGUGUUUGCGCACAUGCAUUUUAGACGUUUCUCCGACACGGUACACCACUUGACUGAAGGCCAUUGACUUUCUGAGUGUCGACCUUUGGGGCCUUAAUUCGUUCAUUGAAGUAAAGCCAUAGUAAAGGUUUUGUAAAAGAAAGAAAAGGUUGUUUUAUUUUGUUUAUUUUUUAUUGACAACUAGUAAGGUUGUGUUUGACAUUACAAGCCAAUGUUCAGUUUGGUCUUUUCCGGCUCACAGUCAGAGUUCUGUCUCCUUGCUUUACGGCUCUACGUGUGGUAUGGUGUUUCCUUAGGUCGAUGUAAAACUACGAUUGAGAGAAUGUAUUUUUGUGAAACAACUCAAAGAAGACUUGAACACGAUGCCUGUAUACCAGAGAUGCAAAUAAUUUAUUUUUCAAAGCUGCUCCUCAUCCUCUAUCGAUGAAUGCUUUCAAAGUAUUCUCGCAAUGCAAUGAUGUGGCCCAGUUUCGGUCUCCAUACAUUGUUGUUGUGCUUGUGCUUUCCUGGAGACAGAUGACUUCCCAGUUUGUAUUCACUGUUAUGAAGGUAGUCUUUUAUUUCGAGCUACAUUAGAGGCCUUUUUUAUAUGACAUUAGGGGUCAGCCGUGGACCAAAGAGUAUUAAUGGCUCCUGACACACAUACGUAAGCCUGGUUCUAUGAUAAUAGUGCUAUUUCUGCUCAAUACAAUUGUACACGUGUGACAAAAUCAUCCAUUUGUGGAGUUCCCUGUAGUUGUUUCCCUAAAAGACACAUUUUUGUGUGUGUUUGUUUUGUCUGGCUGUUUUGUUUCAGCAUUAAAGUGCACAUAAUAACAUCUAAUAUUUAUGGUAUAACAUUUAUUUUAUAAUGUGAAUGUCUGGGAUGUUUUGUGAAAGAACUGUUUCAUGAAAACAGACUGCUUUAUCUGUUCUCUGUCACCAAAGAAAUAAAAACAGCAUUUUCUUAUU